AUAUAUACUGUGGAAAGAUGUCCACUCUCAUGGAAAACAUCACUAGCAUGAUCAACAUCUUCCAGCAAUACUCAAACAAUGAUAAAGAAACAGAAACACUGAGCAAAACAGAGCUGAAGGAACUUCUGGAAGUCGAGUUGCGGGCAGUCUUGAAGAACCCAGAUGAUGAAGAUAUUGCAGAUGUCUUCAUGGAAAUCCUAGAUGUAGACCACAAUGAGAAAAUAGACUUCACUGAGUAUUUACUAAUGGUGUUAAAGUUGGCUAAUGCAUAUUAUGAGGCAUCUAAGAAGAAAAGGACCCAAACUGGAUCAAAGAGAAGAAGCAAAACCCAUUAUAGAGGAGAUGGAGAAGAAGAGAAAAGACACACAUCCAGUCACGGAAGAACUGAUGGAAAAGAAAAGGAUGGAAGAUCGAGAAGCCCAACAGGAAAAGGGAAGAAAAGACAUGGAUCAAGCAGUAGCAAUCAGGAAACAGACACAAAUACACACAGAAGAGGACAAAAGAGUAAGAAACAUCACAAUUCAAAAAGAAAGCAACGGGGAGGAUCUACUUCAUCUGAAAGAAAGGAAAGUACACACAGGAGGCAAAGUGGAAAAAAAGACAGAAGAACCUUAGAAUAUGGAAUUGUGAACCAAGAAAAUGCAACACUCCAGGAAGAAUACAUAGAAAACUGCACUAUAUAUUACAAUAGAGAAGAUCAUAGCAAAGGAAAGGAAAGGGCAGAAAGAAGAACUACUACGCAGCCAUCUGGCCGCCAACAGUCCCCGGACAGCACCACACAGUCCGGCUCUCGUCCCAGGAGCGAGUCCUCCCAGCGACAUGCUGACUCUCCCCGGGGCAGCACAAGAACCGGCCCCAGAGGAAGACAGGAGUCCCCAGCCAGCCAGCAGUCCACCGAUGGCCCCAGGCACGCCACAUCCAGGAGGGGCAGACACCAGGAGGAGAGCGCCAGCCAGGCCAGUGACAGCGAGGGCCACUCAGAAGUCGAAGCCGGGCACAGGCAGACCUCAUCCACCCACGGGAGGACCACACGGUCCAGCUCAGGGGUCCAGAGGGCAUCCAGCGGUCACGGCCAGGAAGGUGACAGCGCCAGGCACGCGGGGGCCCGUCAGGGCCAGGCAUCCGGCCAGGGGCGAGGACGGUCCGAGUCAGGAUCCCGCACCAGGGAAACACAGGGGACGGUCGGUCGUGGACAGUCUGCUGACCACUCCGGGCACUCCGGGGCUGGCCGCAGGCAAGGCCAAGCCACGUCCACUGACCGGAGGCGUCGGGCGUCCAGCGAGAGUCAGGCCAGCGACAGCGAAGGCCACUCUGAAGUCUCAGAGGGCCAUGCAGUGGGAGCCCACGGUCGCUCCGGGGCCAGCCAGGGGCGCGAGCAGCAGACAUCCUCUCGAGGCCAGCACGGCUCUGGACCCUACCACAUGUACUACUACGAACACGAACACGAACACGAACACGAACACGAACACGCCCAGUCUGGCCACAGAGAGCAGCAGAGGGCCAGUGGCAGGGCUGCUCAGGGGACCCGGCAAGAACAAGGAAGGGACAGCGCCAGGCUCGGGGGGCUCUCACGAGGGACGCAGCUCCUCUGGACACCAGGCCGGGUCCUCCCGAGCUAG